ACGUUGGAGUUUGAUUAAUUAGGGCUGAGAGUGUGAGCAGUGGCAACACAGCACAGAAGCAGAAGCAGAAGAAAUGGAGGACAUUGAAGAUUUGCUCAUCGGCACCGGAACCGGUACUCCACCGGGAUUCCGUCCUCCAUUAACUUCCGUUACCGUCGGCGUUGGAACGACGAAGAAACAUCGCUCUUCACUUUUACCUUCACCCUCACCUUCAAUCCCUGGCACUCAGACUAUUUUCAUAAAGACAUUUGGAUGCUCUCAUAAUCAGAGUGACAGUGAAUAUAUGGCUGGUCAACUUUCAGCUUUUGGUUACUCAUUGAGUGAUAAUCCUGAUGAAGCAGAUCUAUGGCUUAUAAACACUUGCACAGUAAAGUCCCCGAGUCAAUCUGCCAUGGAUACCAUCAUAACAAAAGGAAAAUCAUCAAACAAACCAUUAGUUGUUGCUGGCUGUGUCCCUCAAGGAAGUCGAGAUGCGAAGGAGCUGGAAGGGAUCAGCAUUGUAGGAGUCCAGCAAAUUGAUCGUGUUGUUGAAGUUGUAGAGGAGACUUUAAAAGGCCAUGAAGUGCGGCUUUUGACCCGUAAGACAUUGCCAGCGCUAGACCUUCCAAAGGUGAGAAAGAACAAAUUUGUUGAGAUUCUUCCAAUUAAUGUUGGUUGUUUAGGUGCUUGCACUUAUUGCAAGACAAAACAUGCCCGGGGUCAUCUAGGGAGUUACACAGUAGAUAGCCUUGUUGGGCGUGUAAAAUCUGUGGUAUCUGAUGGAGUUAAAGAGAUAUGGCUGAGCAGUGAAGAUACCGGAGCAUAUGGUCGUGACAUUGGUGUCAAUCUUCCAACUUUAUUGAAUGGCAUAGUAGCAGAAUUACCAGCAGAUGGAAGUACUAUGCUGCGUAUUGGAAUGACUAAUCCACCUUUUAUCCUUGAGCACUUGAAAGAGAUAGCAGAGGUUCUGCGGCAUCCAUGUGUUUACUCCUUCUUGCAUGUGCCAGUUCAGUCUGGAAGUGACGCUAUUUUGAGUGCAAUGAAUCGAGAAUAUACUGUGAGUGAGUUCAAGACUGUUGUCGAUACCUUAACUGAGCUUGUGCCCGAGAUGCAGAUUGCCACUGAUAUAAUAUGUGGAUUUCCAGGUGAAACUGAUGAAGAUUUUGAGCAAACUGUCAACCUUAUAAAGGAAUACAAGUUCUCUCAAGUUCAUAUUUCACAAUUUUAUCCUCGACCAGGGACGCCUGCGGCAAGGAUGAAAAAGGUUCCAAGCAAUGUGGUGAAGAGAAGAAGCCGUGAACUGACAAAUGUCUUUGAAGCUUUCACGCCAUACUUAGGAAUGGAAGGCAAAGUGGAAAAAAUUUGGAUUACUGAUAUAGCAUCUGACGGGGUUCACUUGGUUGGUCACACAAAGGGAUAUAUACAAGUUCUCGUAAUUGCUCCAGACAACAUGCUUGGAAGUUCAGCUAUGGCAAAGAUAACAUCUGUUGGAAGGUGGUCAGUUUUUGGGGAAGUAAUCGAGACAAUCAAUCAUCCAAGUGACAAUAAAGCUUUGAACAAACAAGUUCCUAAUCAGGAUAUGUCUUCCCUCUGUUGUAACCAAACCGAGAAUUGUGUAAUCUCAGAAGAACCAGAAUCUUGUGCUUGUGGAAAUGUUGACAGCUGCUGCAGUCAGAGUACUCUUGAGAAGACAGAUAGUCCUAGAGACACUGUAGUGCUGCCACAGAAUCAAAACAGCAACAAGAAUUUGUUCGGAUGGAUACUGAGGAAGCGGAAGAAUCUACACAAAAGGGUAGAAAGUGAACUUGCCUCAGGGUCUGAUAUAAAGCGAGAAAAGAGCAUGAAAAAGUGGGACUUUGUUGAUAAGGCUCUUUUGGGUGGAAUCUCUAUCAGCAUCUUGACGAUUUUUGCUUUAUUAGUUUGUCUUAGGUUCAGUGUUAUUUGGUCCCAAUAAAAGGCUGUUACUAUUUGCUUUUUCAAAAUUUAUAUGGAGUAAUUGAUAUUCCAAAGUUUUGAUUUACAAAAAUUGCGGUUGUUGUAUUAAUAAUAUGAUAUGAUUCAUACAUCAUCCUUUUGCAGCACGA